AUGGCAGCGGCCGGGGCUUCACAUCUACAAUGGUUGAAGGAUGCUAUAGAGGAGCUGGAUGAGGCUGCACUAGAUCAGCCUCUAAUAUUCAAUUCGAUAGGCGAAAUUAGUAGCUGUGAAAUGUCUGUUUUUGGCCCCGCGAGAUUUGACGAGGAGGGGAAUCCAGCUUUUUACUUCCCCGAUAUCUGUUUUGACAACUGUUUCAGCAACUUACCUAGCGGGCUUCACCCGGACAACGUGGUCCGAUAUAAAUUCCAACUUCCACGAAUGAUGCUUCUUAUGCACAUAUGGCUUGUCCAGCUCGGGAAUGUAGAACUAAGAACACUUGAAAAUAUCCAACGAGCACACGCAUUUUGGAAUUCAAUGAAUCUAAAAACCGUUGACGGACGGAUGUAUGCCUACUACCAGAACUGGAUACCUGAUGCUAUUUGGAGACUGAGAUGUGAUAUCCUUCGGAUAUGUGGCCACGGAAAACCGAAAACUGAAUCGCGCCCAGGUCCAGUAAAAGGGGUCAAAUUCCCCUUAUUGUCAGAAGGCAGAAAAAAGUGUAGAGCACGGCACGAAGCGUUUCUCAAAAGAGAGGAACAGGAAAAGAACGAGUCCAAGAAGGCCACAGAACACCAGUCGAUGAAAACCUUGUGCUCUCAGGUAGUAGGCGAGUUAAUCGACGACGGUCCUUCUAAGCCAAAAUUCCAACGAAAUAAGGCAGACAACUCCAAAAGUGAAACUGAAAAUAAGCCUUGUAUUGCCUACUCCGGUCGAAUUACUCGGUCAAGACACGCAAUGAUGGAGGCGCAACGACAGAGAUCACCCUCAUACUCACCAUCAACUGAUAGUGGUGAUACUUUGGAGUCCUGGCAAUCAUAUCAGACACGCCCGGAUGUUGAUUUAUUUGGCCAUGCAAUACAAGUGGGUGAAGACAUCAUGCCGCGCGCAAUUAGAAGCAAGGCAGCACGCUCGCCUAAUAAGUAG